AUAUCCACUGCCUCUCAGGUUGAUGUGUGUGGUUAUGUUGUAACGUAAAAAGAUUGUCCAAUUUUUAAAUGAAAUUUAAUAUAUAAAAGGAUCGUUUUUGAUAAUGGAACCCGAGAAACUAAAAAUUUUAGCAAUCCACGGUUAUCGUCAGAAUGCAGAAGUUUUCAAACAAAAGACCGGAUCAUUUCGAAAGAUGGUCCAACGGUGGGCCCAAUUUUACUACAUAACUGCACCACACAAGGUAGUUCUAGUAGAAGAUAUGAGUAAGGCUGGUGAAGUUACCGAGAAGGACGAAGAACAGAGCGAUCAAUACGGCUGGUGGUUCAAUCGAGACGACUACACAUUCCGCGGGAUUAGAAAGGGCGGUCCUGCUAUCGGGUUUGAUAUGAGUAUUAAAUUGAUCGAGGAAACGUUUGAGAAGUAUGGCCCUUUUGACGGUUUACUCGGAUUUUCACAGGGUGCUUGUUUUGUCGGACUUCUCUGCGAUUUACAACAGAGAGGAUUGGUUAACAUUAAUUUUAAUUUUGCCAUUAUGGCUUCUGGGUUUAAAUCGGGAAGCUUACCACAUCUUAAAUAUUACGAUGAGUUGAUAGAUCUUCCAGUAUUAAAUAUUUAUGGGGAAUCUGAUGACAUUAUUCCUAAAGAAAUGAGCGAAGCUUUGGGGAACGUUUUUACAUGUGCCACCACCGUCGUGCACCCCGGUAAACACUAUUUACCGGCGGCUUCCCCUCAAAAGCAGUUUUAUCAGGAGUUUAUAAAAGAGCAUUACAAUGAGAAACAAGAUAGAGAGAGAUGUGAAACAAGUUAGCUUUAUCUUAUCAAUAAAUACAUAGAACAUUUGAA